GUUUGCCAGUGCUGGCAACAUUGAGGAGUGAAAGAACGUCGAAAUAUACCACGUUGAGUUUUUCCUUUCAGCGGUCGUUCCGUGCGAUAUUUUAUAUUUUUCCGCGUCGUUCGUUUGCAUCUGCCCUUUUAUCUUUGCGAGACGAUAGUUUGUCGAGGUUGCCAUCUCAGGCGAAUGUUCCAUUUCCUUUUUCGCGUCGCGUUGCAAGAUUGUAUUUAUGUAUUAUACACUUGCUCACUUCGGAAGGCACAUUCAGUAGAAAAAGUCGUUCAGUAUUUGUAAACAUCACAUUGUAAGUCCGUUAUGACUGCCGGAACUAGCACAGAAAAGUCGGCUAGCAAUCCUUUGGAGCAGUUUGUGCUACUGGCAAAAACUGCAAAAGGAGCAGCUGCCAUAGAGCUCAUUAAACAAGCGGUAGAGACACCAGGCGUACAUGUAUUUGGAGAGCUACUGGACAUGCCCAAUAUCAAAGAGUUAGAGAACGGACCUUACGUUCAGUAUUGGAAUACUCUGAAUUUAUUUGCGUACGGCACGUAUAAAGAAUAUUUAGAGAACAAAGACAAGGUCCUAGAAUUGACCCAGACGCAAAAGAAAAAGCUCCAACAUCUAACGAUUGUAACGCUAGCAACAAAGUCCAGAUGCAUACCGUAUUCUGUGUUGUUGGAAGAGUUAGAUAUAAAGAACGUUAGGGAUUUAGAGGAUUUAAUAAUAGAAGCUAUUUACGCAGAUAUAAUACAUGGCAAAUUGGAUCAAAAGAAUUCACAGUUAGAGGUAGAUUAUGCUGGUUUGGGCCGCGACGUUAGACCUGAUGACACGGGUGUUGUAGCUGAGACGUUAGCUGCCUGGGGUCAGGCUUGUGAUACGGUGUUAGCGUGUAUCGAGGAACAAGUCACAAGAGCAAAUGUAGAGAAACAAAAGGCAACUUAUCACAAAGAAAGAAUACAAAGAGAUAUUGCAAACAUAAAGAAAUCGCUCGCUGCACAAGCUGGAGGUGGUGGUGUGCAGGAAGCUGACAUGGCAGGAGGCAGUUCUGGGGGAAGCGAGUCAAGCAGGGAAGCAUUGUCAGGUCCAUCUGAUGCUAAGAAAAAACAACAGAAGGUCAAAGGUAUUAAAGGCAGUGGAUCUACUAAUCCGGUAAGGCACCAUGAACCGAGCGAUGAGCCAAAUUGAGAAGUUGAUCUUAGGUGAAACCUCGUGGCAUAUCACCAACUCGAUCUCGGAUUCUAUCGGUCUGUCUGUCUGUCUGUGUCUACAUCGCUAUACGAACAGCGCAUCGUUUCCUCUGUAACCUUUUUGUACUUCUUGAGAAAUAAAACAGAUCCUAAAAAGU